AUGGAGGAGAGAUCUCCUUUCAAAGCAGUUGGAUUUGGCAACCAAAGCAGAGAUUUGAAGCCAUGGAUGAUUGUCCUUCCCCUUGUUUUAUCAUUGAUGGUGGUGGCAGUAGCCAUUGGUCUUCUGGCUCAUUUCUUAACCUCUGACCUGAAAAUGGAGUAUUAUCAUAGCACCUUUAAAAUUUCAGAUCCACAAGUAAGUAGCAAUUCUGGACAGAACAACGAAUAUCAAUUUAAGGAAUUACGAGAGAUGAGUGAGAAUUUGGUAGAUGAGAUAUUUAUAGGUUCGGCCUUGAGCAAGCAUUAUAUCAAGAACCAAGUGGUCAGACUGACUCCAGAGAAAGAUGGUGUGAAAGUAGAUAUCAUUAUGGUGUUCCAGUUCUCCUCUACUGAGCAAAGAGUAAGAAGAGAGAAGAAAAUCCUUAACAUAUUAAAUCGGAACAUAAGGAACACAAGAGCCCUGCCAAUAAAUACCUCAUCAGUAGAACUUAAUGCAAUGAGCUCAUCAACAGGGAAGCUAACUGUCCAAGCAUGCUGUGGUAAACGAGUUGUUCCAUUAAUAGUCAACAGAAUAAUGUCUGGUGACAUUGCAGCCAAGUCUGCCUGGCCUUGGCAAGCUUCUCUUCAGCGUAACAACAUACAUCACUGUGGAGCCAGCUUGAUUAGUAACACAUGGCUCAUUACUGCAGCACACUGCUUUAAAAAUAAUGCAAAUCCACAUCAAUGGACUGUUAGCUUUGGAACAACAAUCAACCCUCCCUUAAUGAAAAGAAAUGUCAAAAGAAUUAUUGUACAUGAGAAAUAUCACUCUCCAGCAAGAGAAUAUGACAUUGCUGUUGUACAGUUCUCUCCCAAAGUCACCUUUACUGAUGACAUACGCCGGAUUUGUUUGCCAGAAGCCUCUGCAUCCUUUCGACCAAAUUUGACUGUCUACAUCACAGGAUUUGGAGCACUUUUCUAUGGUGGGGAGUCCCAAAAUGAUCUUCGAGAAGCCAGACUGAAAAUCAUAAGUGAUGACGUGUGCAAGCAACCACAUGUGUAUGGCAUUGAUAUAAAAUUUGGAAUGUUUUGUGCUGGAUACUUGGAAGGAAUUUAUGAUGCCUGCAGGGGUGAUUCUGGAGGACCUUUAGUUGCAAAGGAUCUUAAAGAUACCUGGUAUCUCAUUGGAAUUGUGAGCUGGGGAGAUAACUGUGGACAAAAGAAUAAACCUGGAGUCUACACAAAAGUGACUUACUAUCGAAAGUGGAUUGCUUCAAAAACAGGUCUCUAG